CAACACUAAAUCUUCCAUGAUGCCAGGCUUAUUACAACAAAUCGGGGCCUCACUCAACGCAUAUGACAUUCUACGUCUAACCGGCGCCGCUAUCAUUCUCAGUAUUGUCUAUUCAUGUCUUCUUGCCAUAUAUAAUCUAUACUUUCACCCACUGCGACAUAUUCCAGGUCCACCACUAUGGAUUGCGUUUCCAGUCACGCGAGUAGUUGGUAUGGUGCGGGGAACGGCUGACUUUCAAGUGCGCGACGCUCACGAAAAGUACGGCGAUGCUGUUCGAAUCACACCUAACCAGAUUUCUUUCAUCAACGCCCAAGCCUGGAAAGAUAUCUACGGCCAUGGCCAUGCCGAAUUCCCCAAGCAUUACCCACCGGGAAUCACCAUGGACCCUAAAAAAAUCAUAUCGUCUAACGCACAAGAUCAUUUCCGAUACCGAAGGGCAAUGUUGCCUGCUUUCUCCGAUAAAGCUCUCGGACAACAAGAACCGCUGAUUAAAGUCUAUGUCGACAUGCUAGUUGGGCGACUACGCGAAGUAGCCCAAACGGGCAAUCCAACCAAUAUGGUUCAGUGGUACAAUUUCACAACCUUCGACUUGAUCGCAGACUUGGCAUUCGGGACUCCUUUGCAAGGCUUGGCAGAGGGCAAGUCGAACGUUUGGAUCGAUAAUAUUUCGAAGUUGAUGAAGUACUUGCCUAUCCUAGUUUUGGUGGCCGUGUCUCCUGUGCUGGGCCUAUUCUUCAAGCUUGCGGCUGGUUCUUCGGUUCGCAACUCACAAGCCAACCACCUCGCAUAUGUCGCCAAGAUGGUCAACGAUCGCAUCUACCACCGGAAACAAGCUGAUCGAGGCGACUUUAUGGACUACAUCAUGCGCUCUCGCGGGCAAGCUCACGAAUUGACCGAUGCUGAGCUCAUCACAAAUAGCGAUCUGCUAAUGGUCGCCGGAUCGGAAACCACUGCAACGCUCUUGAGUGGCGCAACAUUCUGGAUGCUGAAGAGCCCCCAUGCGCUCAAGAGAGCUACGGAAGAGGUUCGCGCAGCAUUCGAAACGGAGGAUGCUAUCACAUUCAAGGAAGUUAGCGCUAAAUUGCCAUAUAUGAUGGCUUGCUUGGACGAAGCUCUACGACUUUUCCCCCCUGUUCCCAUUCCCCUGGCCCGCUCGGUGCCGGGCAAUCUUCCCGUGCGCAUUGCGGGGUAUCAAAUUCCGGUGAAGACGGUUGUUGGUAUUCAUCACCUCUCAGCUUACCAUUCCGAGCGCAACUUUCACAAGGCGCGGGAAUUCAUUCCCGAGCGAUGGCUUCCCGAGUCUACCACGGACCCCACUUCACCAUUCUACAUGGACCGCCGCGAUGUCCACCGUCCGUUUAGCUUUGGCCCUCGCGACUGUAUCGGAAGAAAUUUGGCGUAUCAUGAGAUGCGGUUAAUCAUGGCUAGAGUAUUAUGGAACUUCGACCUUGCUCUGGAUGAGAAGUGCAGCAACUGGAAUGAGCAGAGAAUCUUUGGCCUUUGGGAGAAGCCGCCUCUAGAGGUGUUCAUUAAGGAACGGAAGUCUGAUUGAAAGACGACGUCCUAGAUUAUGUACCUAUUACUUAGUUACAAGGAACACCCCUCUCACCCUCAACCCUCCGCGGGGUUGAAUUGCUUGGGGUUAGGGUAUAACCCUAACCCCAGCCCAUCUUAGAUCUACAUACUACACUUAACUAGAAUAAAGUACCUACCUCUUCAACUUACA